CACAACAACAAUUUUAUAAAAAUCAUUUCAUAUCGAAAAUUAAUGGUUUCAUAUAAAAACUUAAAAGGCUAUAAAAAGGACUUUCACAAUUCUUAGGAAGUAAAUUCUUUAUCAACAGCUUUUUUGAUAUAAAAUGCUAACCUAAAAGGGACCAAUUACUAAACAACAGGUACCACAACAGCACUGAAUACACAAUCUAGAGAAAUAAAUAUAAUUGAUUUGAUGUCAACUGUUCGAAUAAUUAAAUUAAUUGAUAAAAUUCGAACAUAUAAUCUAUAUUUGCUGAAUAUAUGAAAAAUGUCAUCUCGUAAAACACUAACUCUAACAGGGGCGAAGUCGGAUAACGGACCAGCAAUAUCCUCAACAAUAACAAACACAACUGAAACAGAUAAUGCAAUAAUGGGUUCCAAUUUGACUGCUGUAACUGAAAUUUCUAAAAUUGAGUCAGAAUCUGUCGCAACUCCUACAAUCAAAGAGUUUUCAAAAUCUGAAUCUAAAAGUCCAAAUGAACUAAAACGUGUAACUAGAAAUUCGCCUUCAUUACUAACGUCUCCAAAUAGUAAAAAAGAACACCGAACAGAUGACUCGGAACAUAGUGAAAGUGAAGAUGGCACUUGUACUCUAGCACCGAAAAAGUUAUCACAAAUACGUGGUCGUAAACCACUCAAGGAAACAAAAGAGUCCAAAGAAGUAAAAGAAAGCAAAGAUGACAAAGAAGUCAAAAAUGACAAAGAAUGCCCAGAAAGUAAUAUAGAACUAAAAGACAAUAGCAUAGAGAAAGAAAAGACCAUACAGGAAAAUUGUACAGAAAAAGAAAUCAAAGAAAAUAAGGAUUCCAAAAGCAAUAAACAUGUUGAUAUAAAAAAUCCUGAAGACUUAAAAAAUACGGAAGCUAAUAACGUAGAUGAUUUGAAAAAAUGUAAUGAUAAAGAACUAGAAAUAAAAGACUCAAAAGAAGAUAAGGAACAAAGAGUGCAAAGAGAUUCAUCAGCCAAAUCAAAAGAUGCGGAUGAAACCAAAAAUAAAGAUAAAGAUAAUGUAGUUAAGGAAAAAGAAUCGAAAGAAUUAAAGAUCGUAAAAGAUAUUAAAGAAAAACACGUUAAAGACUCAAAAGAACAAAAGGAAGUACCAAGUAAUUCCUCGACUGCAGCAAGUGCGGUGGCAACACAAAGUAUUCAGCCGUCUUCGUCUAGCAGCAAUGGAGCCAAAACAAUUGCACAUUCCACUAAUAGACUUACACGGAAGGCCUUUGCAGAAGAAAAAGCCUUACAAACUCGUAUCACACGAAAUCGUAUACUGGGCAAUAAUAGUACUAGUACACCACUUAGGUUAGCACGACCUUACCGCCGAAAAAUAAAUAAAAUGCCUGCACCUAUAGUAGAACCUGCUAGCAAACGUAAACGUUCCAUAGAAGAUGCUUCGUCCGUUGAACCUGGAGCAAAAUAUAUUAAAGUAGAAGUGAAAGAUGAUACAGAAACUAUUGAAGAAGAUUGUACACUAAAUACUCCAGUUAACGAUUUAGACAAUGUCAAAAUUAAACAAGAAAUUAUUGAAAGUGAUGAAUCUUCAGUAAGUACCAGCUCCACACGCGGUCGUGGACGAAGUCGUAAAGCACAAUCUUCACGCGUCAGCUUUUCACCUAGUUUACGUGCCACUCGUCAAUCAAAAAUGGCUUCAACGUCACCCUCACCUUCAACUUCUAGCACAGCUAGUGAACCAAAGAAAAGAAGAGUGACUACACAUGGUACAACAAUGACAAGAAGUUCAUCUGCAAGUUUAUUAAAGGAUGCAGUGUCUAUCACUUGUCAUCCACCUGAUGAAGAUUCUAAAGACAGUUUAGCUUCUUCCAUUGAUGAUAUUGUUUUGGCAAAUAUAAAACGUGAAAAAAUACUACAUGAAUCUGAAGAUGGUGAUUAUGAAUCAUAUGAGAAAAGCUCUGCUAUUGUAACUGAAAAAAUGGAUACAGGAUGUGAACAGGAUAUAACUUUACCGCUUUCAGUUCUGGUUAAUGCCGAUACAUCGACAAAAAUAUCUGUUUUGAAUGAUAAUACAAAAAUGGCUGAAACAACCUCUGCAAAAGAUGAAACAAAUGCCAGCAGUGAAGGUUCAGAAAAAUCGGCAUCUCUGAGCCCUGAUAUGGUCUGUGAACGUUUAAGUGCUAUCAGUGUUAAACAGUUUUAUAAGAAACCAGAAUUCCUUGAAAAUAAUUUAGGCAUUGAAAAAGAUCCUCAGCUUAGUGAAAUUUUACAAAAAGUAAACACAGAGAAGGAAAAUAAGAUUGAGAAAGAAAUUCCUAAGGAAAUAACAAACAAUAUUGAAAACGAUAAUAAUGUUGAAAUGGAUAACAAUACUGAAAAGGAUAUUAAUAUUGAAAAAGAUAUUAAUAUUGAGAAGGAUAAUAAUAUUAAAAAGGAUAAUAAUAUUGAAAAGGAUAAUAAUAUUGAAAAGGAAUACAAUAUUGAGAAGAAAGACAAUAUUGAGAAGAAAACUAAUAUCAAGAAGGUUAACAAUAUUGAAAAAGAAAAUAGUAUUGAAAAGGGAAUAAAUGUAGAAAAGGAAAGUAAUAUUAAAAAUUUAACUGAUUGCGAAAAUCUUAAUAAUAUUGAAAAGGAAAAUAAUAUUGAGAAGGAAACUGAUAAAUUAUUUAACACUGAGAAAGAUGUAAUUUUUCAUGAAAUUGAACACAACGAUUUUAAUGAUGCAGUAAAAAUAGACGUACGGGUUGAAGAUAAUGAUGAUCGAAAGUCUUUAAAGCAAGAUGAUGAUUGCAGUUUCAGUACUGGAAAUAUAUCGCCGUUGGUAAUUGAUGAUGAAGAUACAAAUAUGGAAGAAACGGAUGAUAUGGAAAAGCUUGCAAUUAACGAUUCAGACAAUGAUGACGAUAUUACGAUUGCAGAAAGUGAAUCUAUUUCAAUGGAAAAUAAUCCAUCAAUAGAUGAAAAUACGACUGAAGAUCAGGAUGAUAUAGAUAAAGACCUAAACUUGAUUGCAAAAGAUAUCGAUGAUGAUGAUAAGGGCGAAAUUAACGAAGUUGAAAAAAUUGAAAAUGAUAAAUGUGAUAAUGAAAAAGCCAAGCUUGAAACUACAACUGUGUCCGAAAUACCUGAACAUAAGAAUGUAAAAUUAAUAACUAUGAGUAUAGAUGACCAGAGCAAUAGUGAAGAUAAAAAAUCAGAGCUAAAAAAUUUAUUCAACGACAUCGCAGAAGGUGAUAAAGUUAUUAAAAUCGAACAACAAAAAAAUAAAGAAGAAACUGCCAAUGAUAUUCAAGUUCGUAAAUUAUCAACAGAAAAUAAAGAAAACUUAGCAGACACUGUUGAACAAAAAAUUACUGAGGAAAAUGCUGAAAAGGUCAUUAAAGAUGAUAUUGGUACUUCUAAUGAAGAGAACAAAGAAAAUAUGGUGACUGCAGAAGAAAUGGAAGAUAAUGCCGAAUCUACAAAAAUCAAAGAUGAGAAAAAUCAUUGUGAGAAAUUAGAAGAAUUAGAAGACAACAAAGAUGAGGAAAUGGUGGAAUUAAUUAUAGAGGAAGAAAAAAUGGAUACUGAUGAAAAGGAUAUCAAAAAAGAUGAGAAUAAUAUUGAUAGUCAGGAAGAUUAUAAAGUAAUCAAUAGAGAUGAAGAUUCGGUGUCGGUAAAAUCAGUGCACUCAUCUGAUGCAUCUUGGGUAACAGUUGAAUUGGAUAAUGUUGAAGAGGCACGUCAAAAAGAACAACAUUUUCAAAAACUUGGUCUAGUAAGUCAUAAAACCGCUUAUCAGUUACAUCAACAUCAACAAGAGAAAAAAAGAAUACAAAAUUCAGUGGCUGCUGUUGAAGCUUCCCGAAAAAUACAGCUAAACAAACGAAAUGGAAAAACUGCAGCAGCUACUACAUCUCAAGAGUAUACAGGUACACUAAAAACUGUUAUCAAACUGAACCGCAGUGCAAGUACGAACAAUGGACGUAAAACACAUAAUCAGCAGGCAAAUAAAGAUUCAACGAAUGGAGGCAGUGGUAUACGUAGGCAAUCACUUAAAAUGACAUUCCAAAAAGGACGAGCGCGAACACAUGGAAAUAAUGAUCGUUUAGUUGAUUCUCAAUCUUAUACAGAGGAUUCAUAUUAUACUAUACAAAAUGAGAACGAAGGUGCGAACAACAAAACAACUAAUUUAAAUACGCAGAAUUCAAAUAUUUAUUCGCAUGGUAGAAAAUCAUACAAUCGAUCUAACACUACUAGCCAUACCAACACUACAGCCAAUUCGGCUACAAUUGAUUCGUCACAUUCAGAAGGAAAUGAUUUUCAUGCUUCUGUAGUCAAUAAAAAAGAUGAAAAAGAAGAAAUACUCAUACCAGAAAAAGCAUCAUCAUUUAAAUUUCAUCCCGGCCGUUUAUGUGAAGAUCAAUGUUACUAUUGUAGUGGAAAAUUUGGUUUAUAUGAUACUCCAUGUCAUGUUGGUCAAAUAAAAUCAGUCGAACGUCAACAAAAAAUACUAGCAAAUGAAGAAAAACUUACCGUUGAUAAUUGCUUAUGUGAUGCAUGUUUCCGACACGUAGAUAGACGUGCUAAUGUUCAGUUGAAUAAAAAACGUCUUUCUGCACCUGGUCAUUUGGAAACAAAUACAACAACUGCUCACACUUUAAGUACAAAUACUGCAGAGGGUGGAGAUGAUAUUGAUCUUGAUGUAACGAUUAGAAAAUGUGUUGUACCAGAAUGUGUCAAUCCAGCAGCACACUCGUUAAGACGAAAAUGUAUACGUAAAAGUGUCAAAAAAUUCUUGCUUAACUUUGAUAUGCCUACUGGAGCUUCGUUAGUUUGGCUUUGCCAGACUCACUAUGAUACGGUUAUAUUAUGCUCUGGUUGUGUAUUGUGUAAAAGACGUUUGGCUAAAAAUCAUAUGUAUCACAUUACUUCUGACACUGACCGUUUAGAAACCGCACUAUCAGAAAUGGGUAUACCUGUGCAAUUGGGCAUCGGCACAGCUGUAUGUAAACUAUGCCGUUAUUUUGCUAAUCUAUUAAUGAAACCACCAGAUAGUACUAAAUCACAGAAAGCAGAAUUUGUUCAAAAUUAUCGGAAAAGGCUUCUUGAGUUUCAUAAUAUACAUGAUGGCAGUAAUGAAGUGUCUGAAAUAGAUGAGGACAAUGUUAAUACCAACAAAAAAAUGGAGAAACAAAAGAGUCCACAUAAAAAGAAGAAGAAGGAUAAAACUGCUGAAAGUAAGGAAUUAUUAUCACCAACUGGUUCAACAGGUUCAUCUGUUCAAUGUUUGAGUGAAGCAGUUGAUACCGUUGAUGAAACUCUCACAAAAACACAUAAAUUAACAGAAGAAGGAGAUGAAGUUGAGAUUGCUUAUGAAGCACCAAAUGCCACAACGGAUUCCAAUUCUUCAAGUUCACCAGCUUCGCUAAGUAAUACUGAUAAACCUGUUUCGAAAUUGCAAGCAAUUUUACAAAGCACGAAUGCAGCUGGUAGCUCAAAUCAAUCAUCAACUUCACCUGAUAUUUCAAAUGUUUUGCGCGGAAAUCCAAAUAUUUCGAUGCGUGAGUUGUUUCCAGGUGAAGAGGAUCUUGGACUUAAUUUCAAAGCACCUUUUGGUUGCAGUGGAAGCCAACGUACACCAGAAGGUUGGACACGUGUACAAACUUUUCUUCAAUAUGAUGAGCCAACUCGACGUCUGUGGGAAGAAUUGCAAAAACCAUAUGGUAACCAAAGUUCUUUUUUACGCCAUUUAAUACUAUUGGAAAAAUAUUAUCGCAAUGGUGAUUUGCUUUUAUCCCCUAAUGCGUCUUCAAAUGCUAGUGUUUACACGCGACAAGUGAGACAACGUCUUACCUCUUAUGACUUUGGACAUUGUGGUGGUUUACUUACUUCCAAACCCGCUGAAAAAGAAGCAAAUUCAAUUCCUACACUAGAAAUACAAGAUGACGAUGAGGAACAGGCGGAAGAAAUUAAACAAAAUCAAAAUAAAUCAAACGAGAAAACACAAAAUUCUGCAAAUCGUUCACCAAUUUUAUGUGAAAAAUUACUUGCUGAGAAACCCUCUAUAGAGAAAUUUUCUAAGCAAUUAAAUAAUGCAGUAACAAUAAUUGCACGUCCCAAAGAGACCAUAUCGAAAAUAGGUGAGAGCUUACCACAAAAAUCUUUGUUAAAAGAAAGAGAAAAUACUUCUAAGGAAACAAAUGCAAGUACUACAAAUACAUCUAGUAACGUGACAAUUACUACUGCUACAGCUAUGAAUAAUGCUAAUACAGGAAGUAACAGUCGUAGCAUAUUGAAGGCUAAUCUCUUGGGUAUAAAUAAAUCAGUUGAAAUUUUACCAAUAUCAAGCUCAAGCAAUAUUGCACCCAAAGCUACAAAUGCUACUGUUACUACCGGUACUACAUCAAAACAACAAAAAAUAUUAGAAGUGGCAAAUAAGUUACUUGAAAGUCAAGAAGAAAACGCAUUAAAAUCCCAACAAGCGGCUGGAGCUUCACUAUUAACGUCUCCACCUGAACUUGUGCGUUUGCAACGACGUCCCUUAGCAACUGGUAGUGGCAUAUCAAUUAAACAAGCGCCACCUACAAAUACCAACAAUUCUUCAGCAUCAUUGUUAAACAACAAACGCACACAUUUAUUGAACAAUAAUAACACACACCAACACAGAAUUGUAAAAUUACCAGAUACACUUACACCGCAGGAGCGUCAACAAUGUAAAAGCUGGCGACCGACACUUAUGCCUGUUGAAGAAAAUCAGCAUAAAUUAAGCAAAAAUGGACCAUUUUAUCAAACAGCCGAUGGACGCAAAUUACCAUCACUUGUACAAGUACAAUCUGGGGGUAAACCGUUCCUUAUCUCCAUAUUUGACUACAAUCGUAUGUGCAUCUUAAGACGUGAGAAAUUGUUACGUGAUCAAAUGCUAAAACAAACUGCCAAAAAUCGACAGGAACAAAAAUUGCAACAACAGCAGCAACAACAACAGCAACAACAACAACAUCAGCAACAGCAACAACAACAACAGCAUUUACAUAAAAAUCCAAGUUCUACUGCAACUAGCGGCGGUAGUAAUGCUAGCAGUCUUAAUAAAAAUUCUAUAACAUCAAAGCAAAUAGCACAUCAACAGUUAAUGCAAUUGCAAUUCAUACAAUAUCAACAAAACCAACAAAAACAGCAGCAACAACAACAAGCGGCGGCUGCUAUGAAGGCAGCAACACGCUAUCAAACCAUUGCACCAAAACCAUCUAUAAGUAAUAGUGCAACAACAUCAGCACCGAGUUCUGUAAAUAAUAAUAUUGCAAGUAAUUAUGGUGGUGGCCCACCAAUGAUGUCUAUGCUUACGAAUCCUGGUUCAACUGCAAGUCAAGCUAUGUCGUACGGUACUGCUUCUUGGCUAUGGAAUAAUUUUCCAGAUUCCAAUCAAUUAAUGUUAAAUGCUGCAGCAGCACGUAAAUUACCAACUCUAUUAUCUAAGCCAAAUGUGACGGAAAGUACACCAACUGCAACUAUUACAUCAAAGCAGCAACAACAGCAGCAGCAGCAACAACAACAACACCAAUUAGUACUAGACAACACACUCAUGUCAAAAAUACCCAAAAGCCUAACCGUAAUACCGCAACACAAAUUGAUGGCUAGCAGUUCCGGCACUGCGGGAAAUAGCAAUGUUGGCGGUGGUAACAACAUGAAGGAGUGAUGAUUAAAUUGUUACUGGCUUGUUAAACGCAGAAGGCGCAGGAAAACGUCGCAAUUGAAACGUAUUUAAAAACUUUAAAGGAACAAAUAUAAAAAAAA